AUGGUGAAGCGACGUCGCGAAGAAAUUGUUUCCGAUGGAGCAACGGAAACGGAAAAUACGACGUCGUACAAAACGAUUUUCAUAGAUACCAAUCUUGAUACCCACUUGGCUCUAAUUGUCUCCGAUUCCGAUACUAUCUCCGAUCUUAAAAAAAAGCUCGUGUUUGAACACUUGAGGUGUUUUCCUGAAAUGAGUGAGUUGAAGAUUUCUUCUGUGAAGGUGAAACGAAAAAGACAUUACUAUCAUCUGCCUGACACUAUGCUUGUUAGAGGUGUUUUUGAGGGUACCAAAAAGGAAUGGUUCCUUUCUGUUGAUGCUUCUAGAUUUCAAUGCCUUGAAAAUGACCAAGGGUUACUUUGCAUCGCGUAUCCGCAAAUUGAAGCUGAAAAUCUUCUCCCAUGUGAUUCAUUCAAUGCAAUGGAUAAGCAGAAGGUUUUUGAUACUACUGAAUCUUACCCAGCUAAUGGGAACUUGGCAUCUAGCUCCAUCGUGAAACACAAGGAAGUUGCCAAGGUCAUAGGUGAAUCAGAAAAUAGCUUUGGGAGGAAGAGAAGCAGGGCCAAGAAGUCAACUUCUCAUCAGGAGUUAGAUAUGAAAAAUAUUGUUGGGGCUUCUCAAAAUGCUUAUGCAUCUGACCAAGAUAUAGUCCGUAAUGAUGGUUCAAGUGAUGCAACAACAAAGGUUGGUAGUAUGCCAAAAAUUGAUGUGGAUCAUAUAAAUGAAAUAGGGAUCGAAGGCAAGUUGUCAGUUACUCAAGGUGCUGAGACAUCCCCUCUUUUAAAUAACAAUGAACCAACUGGGGAUACUAAAGAACAAGUUCUCUCAGCAAAAAGGGAAUUGGAUGACAAGGAGAACAUUGAAUCUGGAAAUGCUAGCAGCAUGAAGCGAAAGAAAAAGAGUCAGAGGAAAUCUGCUGAAAAGAUUCCUGUUAAAUUAAACGGAGAGGAUGACAGUACGGUGAACUGCCCCUCUUUAGCUGAAGGGAUUGGAUCUACAACUGAUCCUGUAACUGGGCAGAGUAAGAAAGGUGAAAUUUCGUUUGAUGCGGAAGUGCUGCAGAUUAGUCUAAAUACAGAGGUGAAAGGGUCGCCCCAAGUUCAAUCUGCAGCAUGCAGAUCUUUGGAUACUUCCAAGGCAGAAAUGAACAUCAAGGAAGUGGAAACUAUCUCGACAGCUCCCUCUGGUGUGAAGGUUGCUGAAGGACAUGGAAACUCUGGUCGACGUAAAAAUAAAAAAACAAAAAUGGAGGUUUCCACUCAUAUUAAUGAUGUUUCAUGUGCCCCUUCAGCGACGCGUGAUACUUCUGUUAAUCAUUUCGUUGAAGGGUCUAAUCAAGAUAAAAAUGCAAUGCCUGCCAGCAAAAGAAAGGGAGCAUCAGAACAAGUGUCAAAGAGUACCUAUGAUGUAGGUUCUCAACACCAAGUUGAGAAAGCAACCUGCACUGAGCCACAACUUCUGCUCAUUGAGGAGAAGGGAAAUGAGGUUGAGCAUUUGCGGCUUAACCAGAGUGAUAAAAAUCAGGAGACUCUGAGCAUUUCAGAAAAGAGGCUAAAAACGAAAACCAAAAAGAGCCAAAGUUCUAAGAAGAGAAAAUCCAUUUUGUCUAUUCAAGAUCAGGAAGGCAGUCACAAAGACUUAAAAGCUUCAAAUGAUAAUCUGGAAGAUGUGAACCCUCUGCCAGAGCCAAUGGAGAUGGAUGAGUCAGGUAAAAAUAUUCAUGUUGAUCAGUAUGGUGUGCCAUCACAUGCUUUAACUAAGGGUGCGUUAGAGGAGAUGCACGAACCUCAUGUAAAUACUGAUAAGAGUGACGCCAUAAACUUCAAGCAAUAUUUUGUUCCUGGCCAACAAGGAGAAGUUGCAUCAAAGAAACCAAUGAAACCAAACAGAGACACAAAAGCUAGCAGAAAAUCUAAGGGUGGUAUGACUUCUAGAGGAUUUUCGGAAGAUAUCUCGAAAUCAAGAAUUGAGGUGGCACUUCCGAGUCAGGGAGAUAAAACACUCGAAGAAGCUGGAAAGCUUGCAACUUAUGAUGCUCCUGCUUACAAGAAGAAAAAUGAAGAAUCUAUGGACGAAUCUAGGUCCAGCUCCAGCUCAAAAGGUCCUGGCAAAUUCCUUGAGGACAAUAGACGGCAAACAGGUUCAGAAAUCCAAAGUUUGUCUACCACAAAUACAAAAAUUAGGACUGCAAACAUCGAGGAUUUUACACAACCAAAGAAAGGAUUGCUUCCUAAUCCAGGGCCUAAGUUUGGGGAUAGUAGAUCGAGAAGGUCCGACAGUAAAGAGGGUGGAGAUUUUGAUUCUACGACUGACACUCUAUCGGAUUCAUCUUCUUCUGGCAGCUCAGUUGAAGGAAGUGAAAUAAGUCAGGCUUCAACUCCAGGAGGAGCUAAUGUUGCAAAAACCAAUGCUGCUGCUGCUGGAAAGCAUAAGCUCAAAUCAAACUUUUUGGGUGAGGCCCUAACCAUGGAGAUGAUUCUGAGAAACUCUAGCCGUUUCAAAAAGGCUAAGGUUUCAGCUGCUCAAUCUCAAGAUGAAGAAAGUCAGCCUGUCAAUGUUGUCCCUGAUAGUCUAGCAGACACUCAGAAUGAGUAACUCCUCCUCUCUUUUGUUGCUAUUGAAAUGACCCUCCCAAUAUUUGGUACACAAUCACCUCUCCAUCGUCUGUCACCUGGGGCUCUUCAAAGCAACAAGAAAAUGAAAAAGAACAAGGAGAAAAAUGCUUUUUGACUGUAUGUAUGUUAUGUAUUAUGAGAAAAAUCCUAUGCACAUGCCCUGAUUUUGGUUCU